CCCAGAAGAUACCGCGCGGUCGUCGUCGUUGCGAUCGCGUCGCAUCGCAUCGCGUUGCGCUGCAUCGCGCCGCAUCGCGUUGCGUUGCAUUGGCGUAGCGUCGCGUCGCGGCGGAACGUUCCCCUCAGUCUCCGCAAGAGUAAACACGCGCGAGAGUGAAUGCGCGCACGAGAUAGCGUCCGCCGUCGUCGCGCGAGUUCGGAUUCGCGUCCAAGGACGACAAUCGGACGCUGGUGUGGUGAUUCGCGGAAGAGGCUAGAACCGUCGGGCCGUAUCUCACCGCGCGGCCGCGCGUCCGUUCUCUCUUCCUCAUUACGCUCGGCAUGUUUCGCGCUUUCCUUCGCGCUCGUGCAAAGUUCAUUCCCGCCGACGGCGCGUCACGUUCGCGAUAGCGCGAGGGUAACAGAUCCGCGAUAAGAGCCGUAUCUGUCGUAUUCUCGUGAUCGCCGCCCACGCGCGACGACGCCGACGACGACGACGACGACGACGACGACGACGAUUUAUCGCUGUCUGAAGCUCACGAAGCUCCAGUGUGCACUGUGUGCAGUGUGCCCGGCAGGCUCGAGUUCCAUCAGCGAUCUGCCUGACAGCUCGACGGAAUGUCCAACAAUCUCAGCGAGGUCGAUCCGUUCAGCGAGAUGCCGAUGGAGAUGCCUGGGGAGCAAGAGCCCGGCGAAGGUACGAGAAGACGCGCGACGAAUCCUGGUGAUGACGAAGUGAUAGUGGAAAAAAGUCCAAAGAACAAUGUAGAAAUUAAUACUGUGAGUAAAGCAGCUUAUGCUGAGCCUUUGACCCCGGAGGAAAUACAGUGGUUUUAUAAAGACGGCGUUGACAAGAGGUGGAACGAGUUUUGCGGGUACGAUAGUUUGAGAAUCGAAAGAAUUUAUCGGGAACGUCAGAGUUUAAUUAGCGAAAGUAAUGACGGAACGAACGGCUUGCCACCCGCUGAGAAAAUUGUAGUCAGAGGUGGCAUGUACGAUGUCGACAUCGAUAAUAUGAAAUGCGUUUCGAUAUACUGGCCAGGUGAGGAAUGGGAAAUUAUGAGAGGUAUAUGGUAUUAUGAUGGCAGUUGGAUACCAUUAGAAACGGAACAUUCCAAAGUAAUAGAAGAGGUACAUCUUAAAUUAUUCCAAAAGGACAGCAACAAUCAAAGUAUCACUACAUGUGAUACAAAUACUCCUCAAUCCUAUAAAGUAUUACACACCGAGCAGUUCCCCGAAUUUCACGUUGACUGGCACUCGGUUAACGAUGUGACACUGUAUAGCGAAUAUACUCCUACUAAAUUGAUGCGUAGCGUUACAUCAAAAUUGGGUUUUGCUAAAACAACAGGCUAUCGAUUAAAAAGGGGACAUAAAACGUGUACAAGUAUGGAGGAUAAGCCGCGUGAUAUCGACCAUCUAGUAUUUGUUGUUCACGGAAUAGGACAAAAACGAGAUACUGGAAAGAUUAUACGUAACACAACAUGUUUCAGAGAUUGCGUGGGUUGGCUUAGACAGAAGUACUUUCCAAAUUCUAAACACAGAGUAGAAUUCUUUCCAGUUGAAUGGCGGUCGUCGUUGAAGUUGGAUGGAGAUAUAGUAGAUGCAAUUACGCCUUAUAGUGUAUUGAGCAUACGUCACUUGCUAAAUACAUCGGCAAUGGAUAUUUUGUAUUAUACAAGUCCUCUGUAUGGCGCUGAAGUCCGAGCUGGCUUGCAAAAGGAGCUGAAUAGAUUGUACUUCAUGUUCGCGAGUCGGCAUCCUGGUUGGCAAGGAAAGGUCUCGAUUUUGGCGCAUUCUCUAGGAUGCGUGAUCGUAUACGACAUAGUUACAGGCUGGAUAGGACCUGACACACGGCUCCCAUGCCCGCAGGCACAAGAAGUCUUAUUGCAAGGACUGCAGUUUCCCAUUGAGAACUUGUUUUGCCUGGGUUCGCCGUUGUCCGUGUUCCUGGCGCUGCGUACACGUACUCCAUCCAAUAGACUAGACGUGAUGCCGCAAAGUUUAUGCAAGAGAUUUUACAACAUAUUUCACUGGUCCGACCCAGUGGCUUACAGAAUGGAACCACUGUUGGAAAGAGGUUACAGUAAAAUCGAGCCAGUUCUGAUACCACCGUACGGAGGAGUUGACGAUCAGCAAAUGCCACAGUCACCUUCGUCGCUGAACAACGUGGAUCCACCUCUACCGCCUACGGAAACUGAUGAUAAAGAUGAUAGCCCUGUGGAUAGUCCACCCAAUCGUAAUGCAGAGAAGGGCUGGAGCCUUUGGGAUUUAGUGCGCGGUGGUUGGAACGUUAGAGAAGGUCCGUCUUCGCCGACACCAGACUCAAAUCCACCAAUCCGUCCAGGUCAAGAAUUAGCGCAACGAUUGGAUUAUGUGCUACGUGCGGUUGGCUUAGGAAGGAAUUAUUUGUACACCGUAACAGCACAUACGGCAUAUUGGAAUAACUACGACGUGGCCUAUUUCGUAUUAACGAGACUCUUCCCGACGCUAGAAACAUGAUGGCGGUUUAAACACUUUAGCGCAGAAUCCGAAAUGUUUCUGCUAAAAUGCUCUAGUCCAUUGUAGGCCUUCUCUAGAACGUGAUAUUGCAAAUGGGCCUACCACCAAAACAAUCUGUGAUAACGGAAAAACGAUACAAUAAUGUUGCAAAUUCUAUGGAAAAUCGAUCAUUUUAUAUCGUUCGUAUAAUUUGGUAAUCGCUCUGUAUCGAGUUACACGGGACGAACGUUUGUCUUUGCUCGUUUUGGAAAGUAACUUGUUUAUACUAAAACAUUAGAUAAUUGACAUUUGUACGUAGCAUAAUAAAUACUGUAUCAUAGGGACGCAUGGAAGGAAAUGAUAAGUUUUACGAGUUAUGUUACCACCUGAUAGAUUUAUGAAUAUACGAAAUAUUUUUAUUAAGUAUGCUACUUUGUAAACUCUCUAUGACUUGUUAUGACACGACAGUUGUUUUCGAAUAGUUUAUAACUAAUACAUUAGCUCGACAACUAAUGUAUUCUCGUUGAUUGCCUUUGUUAUGUAUAUUGCCAUAUAUAUUUAAAUAACAUAUUUUAAGAUUAGUUUCAGAUAUGCUAAAUAUGUUAUUGAUCUUCUAGUAGAGUGAAGUAAGAUAUAAUGUGAUGCUUGCGAAUUUUUUUUACAUAUAUACUCGUUAAUCGAUUUACGAGCGUACUUUCAGAUAUCAUAUAAUGCAGAAGUAUUCGAAUAAUGCAAAAACAUGAGACACCAUAUAUUAUAUCAUAGAUUUUUAAAUAAUACAUAACUUAUUAAGAUAUGCUACUUGCAAUUAUACUGAUAUAGCUUAUGUUUCUCUGAAGUUUAUACCCUUUGAUUUAAUAGCGCUAAAUUCGUGGUAUAAUUGUGUAGAAUUAUUUUUCAUAUUGUUUUAAAGAGCUUACUAAAGCACAAAAUAUUCUUACGAAUUCCGUUAAUAAAUAGAAUUAUUGAAUCUUUGAACACAAUAUUGAAUUCUUUGUAGAGAAUUUUAAAAUAAAAUUCUCUACUCUGAUUGGAUAUUUUUAAAUUCAGUAACAUCAUGAAACGCUAUGAAAUAACAAUGAAAUAUCAUACAUUGGAAGUUUUACUUUGUUUCCUAGCAUAAAUUAUUUUAUAUACUCAUAAUUUAAAUUAAUAUAAUUUAGUGCAUAAUGUAGUUAGUCUAAAAACUGAAAUCUUUUUUAUAUUAAAAAAUAUUAUUAUUUUUAUUUGUCGUAUACAUUUUUAAUAACAGUAUUUUCAGUGCAUACAUAUAAUACAUCCAUAAUUGUGGAUGUACAUGUGUGUGGUUUUUAAUAAUCGUAAAAUAAAAAUAAAAUACUGUUAUUUGUUUAAAAAAUAUAUGUAUGCGUUACAAUCAUAUUAUUUUAUAUAAAAUUGCAUCUUAAAAUAUCUGUCUCUAUAUAUAUUUGCCUCUCUUUCCAGACUAAAGACCAUUUGAAGACAGUUAAAUAAGAUAAGAUUCGAUAGAUAGAGAUUUUUUUUAUCUCUUGCACAUUAUGUUCUUCUGAUAUCAAUCAUUUAACUAGCAAUUUACUUCGAUUUAGUUGACUUUUUUCAAAUUGUAAUCUCUAGAAAAGAAUGAAAUUUGAAUUGCAUUCAGUUUGCUUUAUUUCUUAUGUAUUCUCCUACUAACUUUAAUGAGAUUCUUCGAGAGUAUCAAAAGACAAGUAUCCCAAUCUCUCUCUAGCCUAUUUUGUCCAAUUUAUCUUGACAGAUAAAUUUAUAUGUAUAUACAGAUAUUUUAAGUGUAAUACCUAUAGACAAAAAUGAAACGAAAUAUAAUUGUAAUAUACAUACACACAUGCAACACACAUGAUUAUAUUAUUUUAUUUUAAAUGGCAUGUUAAUAUAUUCGAUAAUAGUUUUAUACAUAUAUACAAGGUUUUUCCGUACAACUUUAGUAUGUUCUAUGAGUAGAAAUAAGGAAAAAAUGUUAUAUAAACAUAGGUCUCGAAAUGCUUUAUUAUAAGAGAUAACAACGGUCUUGCCAUAGAGAUAAGUGACACGUCAUAUACAUAAGUGAUACGCCGUUCGAUGAUUUUUAUCUCAUCUGCUUCUUUUAGUGCUUACUCUAUCAUGCUUACUAUUUGAAAUGAUUGAAGGUUAUUAUAAAAAUUUGUAUGAAUACUAGUAACGAACAGUACCUUGUAGAACAUUAUCCCAAAAUAUUGUGAAUUAUCACGAUAAAUGCACGCAAAUAAAUACAUGGAUAUUCAUUUUGUGAAUGCAAGGACUUCUGUUAAGGAAUAUCAACCAAAAUUCUCUAACAGAAGAGAGCCGCAUCACGCAGUCUUUACUAAUAUUUAUUUGCAAUUACGCUUGACGGGUUUAAAUUCUGAAAGUGAUUUCAAUAUUAUAUGGAUGUAUAGCUCGUAUUGACAUGGACGGAUGGCACUUUAAAACGCAAACUUAAGUGAAAUUGUUUCUUACACAUUUCGUACUUUUGCUAUAACUUUCUAAUAAAGCAUUUUGGGACCUAUGUUUAUAUAACAUUUUUUUCUUAUUUCUGCUCAUAGAACAUACUAUACUAACGUUUGUACAAAAAAUCUAGGACAUUACAUAUAAAAAAGCAUACGUUGUCUUUUUAAUUUUAUUAAACUAAUUAAAAUAAUUAAAAUUGUUCAAAAUACUGAUACUUAUUGAUAUCAAUUGUCUAUUAUUAGUUCUCGUCUAUUAUUACCAAUGACAAAUGUUCUUUUUAUAUGCCCUGCAUGUCAUCAUUUUAUAUCUUAUUAAAAUAUUUUAUUUUUAAUUAUUAAUAAAAUUAAAUAUAAUUUAUCGCGGAUUAGUUAAUUAUCGCAAAACUGUAAUAUAAAUUUAAAGCGAGCUCCAAAUAUUUGCGAUGUAGAACCGCGUAAUAAAUUCCUGAUAAAUUAAGGCACAAGUUUUAUUCUUGUGUUUUUGCUGAGAAAUGUAUUAUAUAUAUUGAAUAAUGUAUGGAUUAACUAUGUGUUUUUGCACUAUUCUAUUAUUAUUAUAUAUGUUAUAAAUAUGUUUGAGAGGCGAAAAUAUUUGUCUUCGUCUUUGCAAUGUGUUCACCUUUUCUUUGAUUAAUUUAUCCAGAACAGAUAAUUUAAUAGAGCGACAAUAAUAAAAAAAUUACAUUAAUUGGAAUUUUAUUAAAAGGAUUAAAUGCAGAAUGAGAGGAGACGGAGAGAGAAUAUAUCAAAAUGUUAUGUAACAUGACACACAUCAUUAUUAAUAGGCCUAUGGGAACAUUGAUAUAAGUAAUUUUUCAUAAUAAGAUACGAUAUCCAUCACUAUGUGAUACAAAAAUCUGUUUUUUGAAGAAUGUCUACAUGAUAAUAGUAAAGAUAUGAAACAAGCAAUCUGCCAUAGUAACAAAGUUAUAAGAUAUUUGUCAGUUACGAAAUAAUCUUUCAAAAUUAAAAAAAAUAUAAUACCAAUAGAUUUAUGUUAGAGAAUAUGUACGAAUACAUUCUAUUAUAUAAAUAUAUUCUGUAUGUCUGGAAUACCAUAUGUAAGGCGUAAUGCUCUUUCACAGGAAUACUUAUAAUCUAUUAAGCGCUGAUUACGGCGACAAAACCAAAGAAUUUAAUCGUUACUUUAAAAGACAAGUUUAAAUUAUUACAAUAAAAUUGAAAUUAUUAUCUUUUAUGCUACGAAAAAAUUUAGUAAUUUUUAAUUAUACAGAUUUCCGCAGACAUAAUUUUAAUAAGACUAGAUAAUCACUUAAAAAAUCGCAGAAUAACAAGAUAUCAUAUCAUAGCGUUUAUAUAUUAUUAUUACACACGUUUUUUCGUGUUUAUCUCAAUCACAUUUCACUGAUAUCCUGGGUCACCUAUAAAUUGGUAUAUUGUAAAACUGAUAGUUUGAUAUCCUCGUUCAAGAGCAUGCAAGUAAAAGAUAACAUAUUUAUGACAUUAAUUGAUGAAAUUUAUAUGUUUUAUAUACUACACGCCUCAAUCACGUAAUUUCAACACAAAGCAACAUUUUUUUCGAGAUAAUGAAAGCUCUUUUAUAUCUGUUCUUCAUGUUGCCUUAUGUAAUCCGACAACAUUUUGGAAAUAAAUGUAUUAUAAAAAACA